ACUGCAAUCAGCCCCCUCCUUGCAGAGCUGCGAGAACUGGGAGAAUCGUGAUGGAGUCUCAGUCGUGCUUGUGAGCUCUGGCUCGGCUUGCUGCUCACAACACGGGCUUGUGUUGCCCGCUGGAGGCGAGGCGGGGGAAGGCACGCAAAACGGAAGGGGAAAGAUGAGACGUAUUUCCCUCUCUCUCUCUCUCCCCGCGUGCUUGAGAUAGCCGUGGCCACCCUCUUCGUCCCCACAGCGGAGCGGAGCCGGCAGGGUGAGCGCUGCCAACUUCGCUCUCACGCAGCUGCAGGAGAAAACUACUCCCCAGUAAGAAUCGAGUAUCAUUGUGAUCAUUAUUAGAUACGUCUCAAUAAUAAUAAAUUAAGAGCGCGUGGAGAGAGGGUCGCCCUGUGUCCUGACUGUCAUCCACAGGUCUGGCAGUCUCACCCACCCCGCUCGGCGCGCUCCCUCGCUCUUAUUUAUUUUUUUCCUCGGUGCGCGCCCCCGCUGCGAAAGCCGGAGUGCUCCUCACUCUCUCCCCUCUUUACUUCUCUUCCUCUCCUCCUCUCGACAGCAUCCAGAACUAUAGCGCAACCGUCCCCAUCACUCUUUUCCUCCCCUCCUCUCUCUCUCUCUCUCUCUCUCUCGCUCUCUCUCUCACCGCCAGAUCUCUCUCCACUGCGUCUCUCACCCCUUUGCUCCCCCCCAACCCACCCUCCACCUCCCCGGCUCAGUCCCUCAUUCCUCUGACGCACGACAGGGAAACGGCCCGAGGAAAGAGAGAAAGACAAAAAAAGAAAAAAGGGGAAGAAAAAAAAAAAGAAGCAGCAGCUGACCAAAAACCGUCGAUAUGAUCCACAGACUCUUGCUACUGCUGCACCGGACAGAGGCACGGUCCUGAAACCGAGAGGAGAAACACUCUCACCCGGCUGUUGUUGAGCGCUCGCCCGAGGGGGGGCGGCGACGGCGGCGGAGGAGAAGAAGGAGGAGGUGGAGGAGGAGGAGGAGGAGGAGGAGGAGAGGGGAGGAAGAGGAAGCGGACGGGCACAAGUCGAGGGCUUGCAUUUUAAGCAAACUGCUUAGAAAAAAAGGGGAGACAAGAAAGAAGGGGAGAGAGUCAGAGUCACCGGAGAGCGAGAGUGGGAGAGAUUGCAUUCCUAUCACGUCUUCAUUUCUCCUCUCUUUUGCCUCAGCCACUGAGAGAGGGUGAGAGAAGGAGGGAGAGAGAGGGAAGGAAAGAGAGAACGAGCAAGAGAGAGAGAGAGAGAGAGAGAGAGAGAUCUAACAAGAUUCACACUAGUGGGCUUUUUUUCCUGAUGCUGUCCAAUUGCAGAACGAAACUAAGCCCGGCAUCGGACGGUGAGCGGGACGCACCGGGCAACAGCAGAACACAUCACAGGAGGAUAUGUGAAGUUGGAAUCCCACUAAACUAAUGCUGUGAAGUGGCUCUGUCCCUGGAGCCAAGACUUCAUCCCCUUGGUGUCAGCGAGGAUGCUGUGGGUUACCUUGCUGAGCACCAUAGCCUUAGGAUGGACCACCCCGAUCCCACUACUAGAGGACUCAGAGGAGAUCGACGAGCCCUGCUUCGAGCCCUGCUACUGCGAGGUCAAGGAGGGCAUCUUUCACGUCCACUGUGACAGUAAAGGAUUUACAAAUGUCAGCCAGAUCUCCCAGAUAUGGAGCAGGCCCUUCAAGCUCAACCUGCAGAGAAACUCCAUGCGGAAGCUUUACUUUAACAGCUUCCUCCAUCUCAACAAUGCCAUAUCCAUUAAUCUGGGUAAUAAUGCCUUGCAAGAUAUCCACGCGGGAGCAUUCAAUGGCUUGGGAAUACUCAAGCGGCUGUUCCUACAUGAAAACAAACUAGAAGUUUUCCGGAAUGACACUUUUCUGGGGCUGGAGAGUUUAGAGUAUCUCCAGGCGGACUACAAUGUUAUCAAACGGAUUGAAAGUGGUGCGUUCAGGCACCUUCAUAAAUUGAGAGUGCUCAUACUAAAUGACAAUCUGAUCCCUGUGCUCCCAAAUUAUCUUUUCCGGUCUGUGUCACUCACACAUCUGGACCUGAGAGGAAACAGACUAAAGACAUUGCCAUAUAAGGGCACGCUGGAGUACGUUGGGAGGAGCUUAAUGGAAAUCCAGCUGGAGGAGAACCCCUGGAACUGUGUGUGUGAGAUUGUCCAGUUAAAAACGUGGCUGGAGAGAAUCCCUUAUACAGCUUUGGUGGGCGAGAUCACAUGUGAGUACCCAUUCCACUUACAUGGGAAAGACUUGCGGGAAAUCAAGCGCAGCGAGCUCUGUCCGCUGCUCUCCGAUGCAGAGAUUGAGGCCAAGCUGGGAAUUCCCCGGGUCCCAUUCAGCAACGAGAACACAUGGCCUACUAAACCUUCCUCCAUGCUCUCCUCCUUUCACAACACAGCCUCUUCUGUGGAAUACAAGGAAAGAGUUGUCAAGCCUACCAAACGACCUCGGCCCACAAAGAACCCCCCAACCCCUCGUAGCAUCUACCCGGGCAUCAACCAGCCCCCUGUUGCUGGCUACCAAACAAGGCCUCCUAUCCCAAUCAUUUGUCCGACUGGAUGUACUUGCAACCUUCACAUCAAUGACCUUGGGCUGACGGUGAACUGUAAAGAGAAAGGCUUUCACAACAUCUCUGAGCUCCUGCCUCGGCCCCUCAAUGCAAAGAAAUUAUAUCUUAGUGGGAACUUAAUACAGAAAAUCUACCGCUCUGAUUUCUGGAACUUCUCAAGUUUGGAUUUACUGCAUUUAGGGAAUAACCGGAUAUCCUACGUCCAAGAGGGCGCGUUUAUCAACCUGCCAAACUUGAAAAGUUUAUAUCUGAAUGGGAAUGACAUUGAAAGACUCACCCCUGGGAUGUUUCGGGGGCUUCAGAUGUUGAGUUAUCUUUACUUUGAGUAUAAUGUCAUACGUGAGAUACAACCUAACUCCUUCUCCCUGAUGCCAAACCUCCAGUUGGUUUUCCUCAAUGACAACCUGCUACGCUCCCUCCCAAAUGAUGCUUUUGCUGGCACCAACCUUGCACGUCUUAACCUCCGCAACAACUACUUUCUUUCCCUGCCUGUGCGUGGCGUUCUCGAGCAUCUGACCUCUAUUGUCCAGAUCGAUCUCCAUCAGAACCCCUGGGACUGCUCCUGUGACAUCAUCCCCCUCAAACAGUGGCUGGAGAAGCUCUCCUCUGUCAUCGUGGUUGGAGAUGUCAUCUGUAAGACGCCUGAGUUUGCUUUUGGGAAAGACCUGCGUUCACUGGAGGUGGAGGUCAUCUGUCCUGAGCUCAAGUAUUCUUCGGGCCCCUCCCCGGCCCUGCCUGGGGAUGACCUCACCACGGGGAGCUCUGACAUGGGGGAGGCGAGCAGGAGAGGGGCGGUCCCACUGUCGGUCCUCAUCCUCAGCCUCCUCAUCCUCUUCAUCUCUGCCGUGUUUGUGGCUGCCGGGCUUUUCGCCUUUGUUCUCCGUCGCAGGAAGAAGCUUCCCUUCCGGAAACGUUCCGAAGUCGAUCUGACGGGGAUCCAGAUGCAAUGCAGGAUUUUUGAGGAUCCGCCGAGGCAGAGCUGUGCCGGUAACACUGGCACGCCAGAGAAACCGACACCCAGUAUGCAUACACACACUCACACUGGUCACACACAUGCCCACGGUCAUGUUUAUGAUUACAUCCCCCACCCUGUGACUCAGAUGUGUAACAACCCCAUCUAUAAGCCUAGAGAGGGGGAGAUAGCAGAGGAAGACAGAACGCAGUUUUCAGAGAAGAAAGACAAUGGCAGCGGUAGCAACAGUAACUACAGAACCUUGUUAGAGAAAGAGAGAGAGUGGACCCUGGCCGUCUCCAACUCUCAACUCAACACUAUCGUCACAGUAAACCAUUCCACAGCUGACAUGGCAGGAUUCCAUGAGAACGGUGGGCUCUGCCCUACAGUAAUUGACAGUCAGAGGCCCACGCCGACAGUGGGCUUUGUAGACUGUUUGUAUGGGACAGUACCCAAGUUAAAGGACAUGCAUGUGGCGCAUGCGCACCCACCAGGCAUGCAGUACCCGGAUUUGCAGCAGGAUGCACGGCUGAAGGAGACAUUGCUUUUCACGGCGGGGAAAGGCUGCUACCCCGACCCGUCUCAAAGCGAUUACCUCGAGUUAAGGGCCAAACUUCAAACCAAGCCGGAUUACCUCGAAGUCUUGGAAAAAUCUUACCGGUUUUAACAUCUAUAGCCCAUGGAGAGAGAAAAACAAAAACAAAAAUCGACACAUUCACUUUGCCACCCUCAAAACAAAAACCCACCCAAAACCAAUAUCAAAAAAAACAAACUUGAAAAAGCAGCAUGAUAUAAAAUAAAAAUAUUAUAUUACAGUAACAACAAAGUUUCCCCCCCAAAUCACUUUGGAGGAGAGGCCAUUCUCAGAUAUUUCAAUGAAGUGCCUUUUUUUCAGAGUAGCCAGCAAUGUCAACAGCCGUUAUUUUUAUAAUAUAUAAAUAUCUCUAUAUGCCCAAGAGAGAGCAAAAGAGGAAUGAGAGGGGCACCGGGGAAUAAAACAUACAAAACAUCCUAAAUACAUCCGUCACUAAAACCCCUUUUUAUGGAGUUACCAUGAUACGCAAGACGCACGGGAGCUGGACGUCUCCCUGACUUGGGGGUUCCCUUUCUGUCUUUUACCCCUGACUAGGAUGUACAAACACCCGGAGGCCGUGCACAUAAAGUUUGUAGGAAAUGAUGGAAAGAGAGAAAAAAUACAUAUAUUAAAAUGAACUGCAGUUUGCUGCAUGCACUCGCUUCAGUGCAGGAAGCGAGGGGAUUUACUCAGAACUAUCACAUCACAUUAUGAACAGAGAUACUGCAACACAUUUACAGUUCAGUGUUCUAUUUAAUUUUUAUAUCUUAUUAAUAUGGUUAUUACUAUUAAUGAGGACUUCUGUCUAUAUCAGGGUGCUUCUCGUAAAAAAGGACGCGCCGACGCACGGAUGGUAAAACAUUUGUGAAUAUUAUUAUAAGACAACGCUCAAGGUUUUCUGGAUAUUUCCUCGCACUUUCUUGACCCACCCCCCCUCCCUGCCCCAUCAUUGCUUCUGGAUCCCCCCCCCACCCCCCACCCCCCCAUCAUCACCCACUAACGGCUUUGUAGGAGGCACUUUUAAUGUUUUCUCUCUCACAAAGAUUUGAAGAAAAAUGUGCAUAUAUUUAUUCUGUAAUUUCAGUGAAGAAUUUAAUUGUAAAGGUAAUGUUAAAUCAAUGUAUAGUGAUUAUGCGUCUGGUAUAGCCUUCUUAAUAAAAACAAACUCUUCAAUCAAAUGAUGAAAGGGUUGAUGCCACGGGAACCUGUGUGUGGAGCACUAUUGACAGGCUGUGCAUUUUGGUGUCUUGUUAAAAUGGCAUGUUGAAGCUGUGGCCAACCAUCAUGAGGUAAUGCUGCUGGAGACUGAAGGAUAGCUACUUAACCAAUAGAGUGCUGGACAGGAAUGUAGUGGAGGGCAAUAACAUUUUCACUCAGUUCAGCUGCUUAUUAUUUUUGGCAUUAGAGCCAAAUUAAAUUAAGUUAUCAGGGAAAGGGGCAAUUAAGAGGGCAAACAAUGUUUUUGGGGGUUUUUUUCCUGGAAAAUGUAAUCACUUUUUUCUGUGUAUUGGUAGUUUGUUCCUAUGAUCUUCACUGCUGGAUAUCAUAGUGCACCAUUUUUACUUGCCACUACAUUACUGGUCCUAGUUGGAUGUCAUAUAAAGGGUUAAAGAUACAGGAAACAAUAACAAGCCAAGUGAAUGCUGCUGGUUUUGAAGUGGAUGGAUAUAAUAUGAUGGAUAUACCAAAUCAGUGAGGUACGCUGCAAUUUUAGUUAUCUAAACGGGUAUUGCUGAUGUAAGCUAACAAACAGUAAUUUUUAAAAAAGAGCAACUGAAAACAUGAUUGCAAGUCGUUCUUUGAAUUUGCGCAUCUAAUUUCUGACUCCCUCCACAGUAGCAGUGUGGACUGAGUCCACUGGAGGGCGAUAAAAAGGCGUUCAGAUUAAUUGGGCAUUUAGCAGAUUGGAUGCUGUUAUAAUGUAAUGCACAAAAUGUUUAUCUUAAGAGAUCAUCAUGUCUCAUAUUCAGUAUAAAUAUAUCUAUAUGUUAACCUACAAGUGGCAUAAGAUCAUUUUAGUCAUUCCAGCACAGUUUCAUUUGUUUCAUGCUUUUUUCUUAUAUUUUUUGUGCUUUAUUUCAACUAAUUAUCUUGAAAAAGGCAGAAUAAAACAGGUCACUCUAGCUGUACCAACAAAAUGAAACAUUAUUUUUGAAAAAGAAAACUGACCAUUGCUUAUAUAUAUUGUUGGUUUUUUUUACCCAAUCGAUCUUCAAUAAUCUCUAUUUUGCUGUGAUUUUUGAUGUUUCAUAUUUCCCUAUCAUUCAUUUUUGGGGACCAAAUAGAAAAAAAACUAACAAAAACCAAGGUUGAAGCAGCUGUGGAGUAAAUAUGGUGUUAUACAGUACACAUCAUCAUAGUGCUGUUUCUUUUUUUUUCUCUUUCCUGAGGAGAAAUUGUUAAUUUGGGGAAAAAAUAUGAUGCAAUCUUGAUGUCUAUAAAUUUGUGAAUAUCUAUGGAAAAAGGAGGGUGCAUUUCUGUUUUGUUCUUUAAAAAAUGGGCAUGAUAUGCAAUUUGCUUUGAUUUCAAUAGGUUUACUAGGAGUGAUGAUCCUCAGUUGCAAUUGGGUGUUAUAGUUUUCUCAUAUGUGUCAACUUACACUAAGUGGAAGAUAUGUAGCAAACCACAUACUUCCCUUUUAAAUGGGAAGGCCCUUAGCUAGUUUAGAGCAGUCAUCACCAGUAUUGAUCAUCAAUGAUCCAGUCUAUAAGCUUGCAUAAUAUGAGACAUAUUACCUUGUGUUGUAUUCAUUGUUUGGUUUCUUUGACUAUUAUUGUUGCUCAGAUGAGUGGAGGUCAUCUUCAUAUAAAGCCUUUGUAAGCAUGGUAGCAUUGCAUCGAGGCUCUUUGUUUUCUACUUGCAGAAAGUUUCACAAUGCUGUACUCCCAUGUUCUGCUGCCCCACCUCAUUUCUCUGCUCCUUUUUCUUUUUUUUAAACUACUACACACUCUAUACUAUACAUUCACACAUACACACACACACACACACACACACACAUACACGUUAAGCCUUCCUUUCCCUGACCAAGAGGUUAGACUAUAUGGUCAGCAUUUUCAGUCUGCACUCAAUUUGAUUAAAACAUAAUGCACUACUCUGUUAACCCCAACCCUCACCAUCACCCCCACCCCCACCCCCAAAUAAAUAAAUAAAUAAAGUUUUUGGGAUCAUU